AGUGGGGGCUGGCUUGACUGUGCUCGAGAAGUGGGGACUGGGUUGAAGGGUUAGUUAGUAAGUAGUUAGGGUGCGACUUUUCCUUUUUACCAGUAUACCACGCCCAAUGGUAACCAUUUCCAGUAAUAUUCCUUGUACUUUAGGCUAUUCUGUAAACACGUGAAUUGACGUUAGCACAGCUGCGAUUAACACAAUGGACAAAGACGCCGUAUUGAUUCAUAUCCUGAAGUUAAAGGGCGUUUCGACGCUCCUUGGUGGGGAUCUGCCUGUCAGAGUCAUAAACGAAAAUAAGUACAUAUCCCCACUCGCUGCUGAAGGUGAAGUGAUAGAGGAAAACUUACCCACCGUGGAUCAAGCCAUCCGCACAGCUCUGACUGGUGAGAACAAAACUGUUACCGUCAUAGGCCCAGAAGGAUCUGGUAAAACCACUGCUUUGGAGAAGCUUGUUGUGGACUGGGCAAAAGGUGAACAUCUUCAGAACUUUGAAUAUGUCUUCCAUUUCCGGUUCCAGGACUUAAAUGCUCAUGAAGAUGUACUCUCCAUAGCGACCUUAAUCCAACGCUGUCACCACUAUUUCCCUCCCAAGGCCAUGCCCCUGGUUGUGCAGAAGCCUGAGGAUGUGCUAUUUGUUUUUGAUGGUCUGAAUGACUACAAGCAUAGCCUGGACCCCGCUGCGUAUACCCUCUGCUCUGACCCGGACCAGGCAGUUUCAGUUCCGUGUUUACUGGCCAGUCUGCUUCAUGGAUCCCUGCUGAAUGAAGCUACCUUUGUGGUUGCCACCAGGCCAACGGCAUAUCUGAAGUUCCUCAGUGGUUCCCAGGUGAAGGUGUUGGGGUUUCUGAAGUCCCAAAGAAACUCUUAUGUAAACAGCUUCUUUACUGAUGCUCCUGCUGCCAACAAAGCACUAAUGCACAUGGAAAGGACUCUAGGCUUUUAUGAUUUCUGUACUUCUCCAAGAUUUUGUUGGACAGUUUGCUCUGUUUACAAGCCUCUUACUGAUUCUGGAGGAAAACUUCCUGAGACUUUAUCUCAGCUGUUUGUAGAUAUCCUGGUUCACCUGAUUCAGAUGCUCUCACUAAGCCAAGCAGACAGCAGAGAGCUGGUGUUGGCCCUCGGCAGGAUGGCUUCUCAUUGCUCUACUGGACAACAUCUGAGCUGUACCAAAGCGCAAACGUAUUCCUUUGGUUUUCAACCAUUUCUCACCUCAGCUGACACUUUUUUGCGAAGAGAAGGUGAACUGGAGUCGGAUACAUGUGUGUUCUCUUUUCACUCGCAACUGAUGCAGGAGUUCAUGUUGGCCUUGUCUUUCUUUUUGGACAAGUCGAUAUACACAGGUGCUGAAAAGAUGCUGGAGAAGCACAAAGACAGUACAAAGUUUCUAGAUCUUUUCUUGUCAGGGCUUUCAGAGCCAACUCAGCGUAGACCACUGGAGAACCUCCUCGGGGAGUUCAACUGUGAUCAGAUCAAGGAUUUCAAGCAGUGGUUUAAAAGCAGCUCAGAGGAAGCACUGCAGGGAUAUAACACAGACAGUCACUAUAGAUGCUUCCAUCUGCUUCAUCAGGCUCAAAGUGAGAGCUUGGUUAAGGAGAUCAUCAUCCCCUCAGCACGGAUAGGCAUCAGCUACGGCAACCUGAGUCUCCAAGACUGUGUAGCUUGGAAUUAUAUUGUUGCAUGCCUCGGUGGGACUGACUGGUUGAAUCUGUACCGUACAAGCAAUUUAACAGAGGAGAUGGCAGAAAUCCUGGCUCCAGCUAUGAGUCUAUCACACAAGAUAGUCUUGACAGCCAGCUUUUUGAGUACUGGGGCUGUCUCUCAUCUUGCUUCAGCUCUCAACAGAGGACUCACCAGGGAGCUGGAUCUCUCUCACUCCCACCUUGGAGAUGAAAAGUUCAAAAUCCUCUGCGCUGGACUCAGAGACUGCAAGUUGCAAAAAUUACAUCUUGUAACAUGCAAUCUGACGGAGGCAAGCUGUGAAGACCUGGUUUCUGCGCUGACCUCAGACACCUCUCAGCUAUGCUUGUUAGAAAUGGCAUUCAAUGAGAUUGGGGACCAGGGCUUUGAGAAACUGUGCAGAGCACUGCAUAGCCCUCACUGCAAACUUGAGAAACUCCAGCUUGACACGUGUGAGCUGACUGAGGCGUCCAUGGAGGUUUUUUCAGCGGCUUUGUGUUCUGGACAAUCACAGCUGAAAGAAGUGGACAUGAAACGAAACAUAAUGGAUGACAGUGGAGUGGAGGCUUUGUGCAAAGCCCUCCAACACCCACUGUGUAAACUACAGAGCCUCAAUCUCUCCAUGUGUGAGCUGACAGGUGCAUGCUGCUCUCAUUUGAGUGGAGCCUUAAUGUCAGAGUACUGUUCUCUGUCAGAGCUGGAUCUGUCAGUGAACGAGUUGGGCCAGGAGGGGGCACUGCUGCUAUGCCAAGCUCUAAGGCGACCUGGCUGCAUAUUAGAAAAACUUGGUUUGACACGAUGUGAAUUAACUCUGCCGGUCUUUGAGGAACUCGGCUCACUACUGAAAAGUGGGACUUGUCAACUCAAAUCUCUGAGUGUAGGUUUAAAUAAAGUAGGAGACCAAGGAGUUAAACAUCUUUGGGAUGCCAUUGCACACCCAGGCUGCCUGUUGGAAGAACUGGAUGUUGAAAUGACCAGGCUGACCGAUGCCUGUCUUGAAGACUUGUGCACUGCAGUAAGAGCCAGUAAGACUCUGAAGAGGCUGGAACUGAGAAACAACUCACUGACUGAUGCUUCUGUCCCAGCACUUGUCCAAGUCAUGCAGGACAGCCACAGAAUGCAGGAGAUGAACCUGAAAUACAACGAUUUCAGUGAAGACGUUUUUGACAUGUUGGACAAGUGCAAGAAAAUUACAUACUGAAGAAGGCCGACUAGAAUUGAGUUAGUUUACUGAAAAAUUGACCUGAACCAUGUUAUGAAGGUGUAGAAUAUGAAUAGUAUGUAAGAGUUAAAUAGGACUAGUUGCUUUUUUGUCUUACAUUAAAAGUAAAUAACUGUUUCCUGGACCAAAUAAUUAAUAUGAUAGAUCCAUUCAGAAAUUUAGGAAACAAUAAUAAUGUUGCAGCAGUUUUCAUUCUACAGCCUUUACAUAAUAAAGAAUAUAAAUCACCA